GAUCGCGCGGCGGACGCGUUCGGUCAGGAGCGCGCUCGACCACCCGCUGUCGCGGCGGCAGACAUGCAACAACUUCUAUCAGGGAAAAAGUUUUUCAAUUUAGUAGCGCGUUCUCUGGUAAACGCUUACAUUUUAUACAAUAAAUCCAGAGAACAACGACGCCGCCUGCGAUUCUCGCAGUUUCUGAUGGACUGUGGUGAACAGCUGGUGGAAACUGCAUCAGAUGCUGAAGCAGGACCCUCCCGUGGUCCACAUGCUGUCGGGACUAGCACGAGGCUCGUCGGCAGGCACUUCAUGGAGAGGAUUCCAAGCUCGGAAAAGAAAGAUAAAGUCGCACGAGUUUGCAAAGUGUGUGCCGACAUUUUAAAAAAAGAAACCGGAAAAAGGGGGCGCAAAGAGACCAUUUAUUACUGCCCAGACUGCAAUGUUCCCCUGUGCUACUAUCCCUGCUUCAAAAUAUUCCACACAAAAAAAAAUUACGUUACAUAAUUAGCUCAAGUAUGUAAGAUUGCUUAUGUUGGAGUUUUUUUUUUUUCGAUUUUAGACCUCUUUUCUUAAUUUUUUUUCAUAAAUAUUAUUUUUUAUUACAAAUGUUUUUUAUUUCAUCCCUAAAAAUAUAAAGAACAAUAGUACAUAUAAAAAAAGAAUAAUAGACAUAUCACAGAUAGUUUUUAUUUUAUGAGUCAUAGAAUAUCGGCAAAAAACGCCGGCGUACCAGGGAAAGCCGCCUUUAUAACGGUCGGCUGUUAAAGUGUUAAUA